AUUACUACUUUGAGUCCUGGUUGCUGUGUGGAUCUAACGAUGUAAUGGGUGUGAAAGCACUUUACAAACUCUUAAGCCAUUUUUGUUGCUCUCCGCAGGAUGACCCGCUAUGGCGAUCCGAGAAGCCUGUGCCGUUCCCUGCUGGCCGCUCUUCAGCCUGCCAGUGGAACUCUCUAGGGAGCCGGAAUGGGGGCCAGGCCCAGGGCUGUGAUGUCACAGAGCUCAUGAAGUCGGCAGUCCUGUGGGAGAAAGGGGAAGACAACAGGGCUGGGAAGGGCAAGGAGGUGGUGGGAGCCUGCGGAGCACUGGGGAGCCACGAAGGCCAGAGGCAGCUGAUGGGCAGGCCCCUGACUUUCCUGGGCCCCCAGCUCUCCAGGGCAGCACUCCUGGCAGCCGUCCUGCUGCUGCUGUGGGUGAAGGGGGUAACGCCUCAGAAAGGGGGCCCAGGCUCUGAGGAGAGGAGUCAGGACAGGGGGAGGCCCCCUCCAGAGCCCCCAUAUUUUCCCUAUUCUCCGACUUCUUCCCCUUUUCCCUACAGCCUGGGGCAGGAGGAAGGUCAGGACCAGUCCCUUCAGUGCAGUCCUCUUUCCCCUGUUCCAGACCAGGAGCAAGAGCAGUUUGAAGAGCAGUUUGUGGCCUCCUCGGUGGGAGAGAUGUGGCAGGUGGUGGACAUGGCCCAGCAAGAGGACGACAAGACAUCAGAGACGGCGGCUGUCCACUACCAUUUAUUUGAUGUACUCUUCUACUUUAACCUGGCCAGCAUCAUGGUUUUUUUGUGAGGAACAUGGAAGCUGAGGGGGUAGCCUGGUU